GCGGGCCCUGCAGCCCCGCAAGGGGCCAGCGGGCGGCCUGGCGGCGAGCUGGGCAAUAGGAAACGGUUUAUUAGGAGGGAGUGGUGGAGCCGGGCCAGGCAGGAAGACGCUGGAAUAAGAAACAUUUUUGCUCCAGCCCCCUUCCCAGUCCUGGGAGGCCGCCGCGCCAGCCGCGCCGAGCAGAGCCCGAACCGAUCCCAGCCCCGUCCGGGGCGGCGCCCAGACCCCGGCCGCAGUCCCGUUCUCGUCGUCGCGCGUCCGCGGCCGCCGUCCGGGAGGGGACGCGGUCCGCUGCGCCCCGCAGGCCCAGAGGGGGGGCGUUUUUAAAAUGCAGGUUUCCUGCCAGUCCCAGAAUCUGGAGUGAGAGCGAGACUGGAGAGCGUGCGUUUCCCACCAAGCACCGCAGGGGAUUCUGCUUCCAAGUAAAGGAGCGACCAUGGCCUUGAACCCCCCCAGGAGCGGUUUUCUGAUGCUGCUGAUGACCUUGGGCCUCACCCAGGGUGACCCUGGGCGGCCCUUGCGAGGCCCGCUGCUGACCUGCACGUGUGAGAACCCCCACUGCAGAGGGCCCACGUGCCAGGGGGCCUGGUGCACAGUCGUGCUGGUACGGGAGGAGGGCAGACGCCCCCAGGAGCACCGCGGCUGUGGGAGCCUGCACCCGGAGCUCUGCAGGGGGCGCCCCACCGACUUCGUCAGCCACUACUGCUGCUACAGCCCCCACUGCAACCACAACGUGUCCCUGGUGCUUGAGGCCACCCAAACCCCUCCGGAGCACCCAGCCGAUGGCCAGUUGCCUCUGAUCCUGGGCCCCGUGAUGGCCUUGCUGGUCCUGCUGGCUCUGGGCGCCCUGGGCCUGUGGCGCAUGCGGCGGAGGCAGGAGAAGCAGCGGGGUCUGUACAGCGACCUGGGCGAGUCCAGCCUCAUCCUGAAGACAUCCGAGCAAGGGGACAGCAUGCUGGGGGACCUUGUGGACAGCAAUUGCACCACGGGCAGUGGCUCGGGGCUCCCCUUCCUGGUGCAGAGGACAGUGGCACGGCAGGUGGCCCUGGUGGAGUGUGUGGGGAAGGGCCGCUACGGAGAGGUGUGGCGGGGCUUGUGGCACGGUGAGAGUGUGGCCGUGAAGAUCUUCUCCUCGAGGGACGAGCAGUCCUGGUUCCGGGAGACAGAGAUCUACAACACGGUGCUGCUGAGACACGACAACAUCCUAGGCUUCAUCGCCUCGGACAUGACCUCCCGCAACUCGAGCACGCAGCUGUGGCUCAUCACACACUACCACGAGCACGGCUCGCUCUACGACUUCCUACAGAGACAGACGCUGGAGCCCCAGCUGGCCCUGAGGCUGGCGGUGUCCGCGGCCUGCGGCCUGGCGCACCUACACGUGGAGAUCUUCGGCACACAGGGCAAACCGGCCAUCGCCCACCGCGACCUCAAGAGCCGCAAUGUGUUGGUUAAGAGCAACUUGCAGUGCUGCAUCGCGGACCUGGGUCUGGCUGUGAUGCACUCCCAGGGUAGCGAUUACCUGGACAUCGGCCACAAUCCCAGGGUGGGCACCAAGCGGUACAUGGCGCCGGAGGUGCUGGAGGAGAAGAUACGCACCGACUGCUUCGAGUCCUACAAGUGGACGGACGUCUGGGCCUUUGGCUUGGUGCUGUGGGAGAUCGCCCGGCGGACCAUUGUCAAUGGCAUCGUGGAGGACUACCGGCCGCCAUUCUACGACGUGGUGCCCAAUGACCCCAGCUUCGAGGACAUGAAGAAGGUGGUGUGUGUGGACCAGCAGACUCCCACCAUCCCCAACCGCCUGGCUGCAGACCCGGUGCUGUCAGGAGUGGUACAGAUGAUGCGAGAGUGCUGGUACCCCAACCCCUCGGCCCGCCUCACCGCGCUGCGCAUCAAGAAAACCCUGCAGAAGCUCAGCAACAGCCUGGAGAAGCCGAAAGCGAUCCACUAGACUCGGGGCGGGCGCCGUCUCCCCUCUGCCUGCAGGCGUGGGGCCGGGAGGCCGUGGAUGGUGGCCCGACCGGCUGGGUACAGGUGGCGUUGAAAGUGAGAGCUGGCGAGGGGCUCCCCCCUCUGUGGGGCAGCUGCGCCCCGCCCAGCUCGGGCCCCCAGCCCAUCCAGCCAAAAUUACAGCCGGGCUGAAAUCCGAUGCCCCGCCGUCUGGCCUGCUCUAAGCAGCCAGCUCCCUGACGCCAGGCAAUGACGCCAGGCUCUCUUCCCACCCCUGUGCCAGUGGGGGGUACCCCCAUCCCUCCCAAAGGACCGGAGCCAGGCGGCCAGGCCUGCACUUGUGGACCCCCUGCCUUUCCCACCCCAGGCACCACGGUGGCACAGGGGCCCUGUCCAGCUCUCUGCAGACACACGCCCCUGCCAGAGCCCAGACUCUGGCACAAGCCCCAGAUACCCAGAGCCCGUGGGUUUGUCUCCGUGGGUUUUGAGCCCAGCUCCUGGCUCUCUGUCUCCCAGAUAAGACCCUGGCUAGGCGAGAAUGCCAGCUCUCCCAGGCAGCCGGGGCCAGCGCCCUACCCCUCCCACUCCCCACCACCCCAUCCAUGGUGACUUCUUAGGGCAUUCAAAACCCCAGGGGUCCUGCUGAGGCAGUGGGAGGGCCAGUGGACAGGCAUGGGUCAGAGGAGGGAGGCCCACAGCACCUGCAGGGGAACCAAGAGGACACCAGGGCCCACCCUGGCGGAGAGGCUGAGCUGGGAGUCCGGGGCCCAGGUCUCAUCCUGGCCGCUUGCUCCACUGAUUUUCUUUGAAAUGUCAGUCUGUGUCUGAGUGGACGGUCAUCAGUGUCAUGUGCACCUUAGGCCCCAGUUCCUGGCUGUUGGACCUCAAGACAAGGGGGG